AUGGGGAACUGCAUGGAGACAUACACUAUAGGGCAACAAGAUCAUGCAGAGGAGAAGCAACAAGAAGAAGAAGAUCAUGAAAAAGGAGGAAGAUCAAGAAGAUUUGUGAAGGUGAAUGAUGAUGAAGGGAAGAAUGGUGUAAGCAUGAAAGUAGUGCUGACAAAGGAGGAGUUGAAAUGGCUGAUAUAUAAACUGAAUGAGAAAGGAGGAAUGAGGGUGGAGGAAAUGGUGGCAGAGAUAGAAAGAGGAAGAGAAGACAAAGUUGAGGGAUGGAAACCUUCUUUGGAUAGCAUCAUGGAGAUAAUAUAUGAGAUAGAGCAAUACAUUGUAGCCGACAUCAAGCUGGAUGAAUAA